AUGUACGCCGGGAGGAAGAGGAAGAAGCCGGUGCCGAAGAGCCCCAAACCACCACCCCCUGAGGGUGUGAAGUCCAACCCCUCCAAGCGGCAUAGAGACAGACUCAACCAGGAGCUGAACAAACUGACUGGCUUGCUGCCCUUCCCCGAAGAUGUACGCACCAGGCUCGAUAAACUCUCCAUUCUCCGACUGGCUGUUGGAUACCUGAAGGUGAAGAGCUACUUGAUGGCUGCAGCUACAGAUGUUGGCGACUGCGUGCUGGAUCAGCCCAGAGCCCCAGGAGGGAAUGAACAGACAGACCCACAGGUUGACAAAGAGCUGUUUCCUGAGGGGGAACUGCUGCUCCAGGCACUUAAUGGAUUUGUUAUUGCUGUGACUGGAGAUGGCUACAUCUUCUACAUCUCCUCUACUGUGCAGGACUACCUGGGCUUUCAUCAGGUGGAUCUCAUCUACCAGAGCGUGUACGAGCUGAUCCACACAGAUGACAGAGCCUCCUUCCGCUGCCAGCUGCAUGGGCCACCAGUGUCUGGCAGCACCCAGCAUGCUGCCAAUGUGCUUCCUGGUGACCAGCCACUGCCGGCUGGAUGCAGUGCCGCAUCCAGCCCCCAGCACCUCCAGCCCGAGAAGCCCUCCUUCACGGAGAGGAGCUUCACCUGCCGCUUCCGCUGCUUGCUGGAUAACUCCUCGGGAUUUCUGGCCUUGAAUUUCCACGGGCGCUUGAAGUUCCUUCUCGGGCAGCAGAAGAGGGCAUUGGACAGGUCCCCACUUGCUCUCUUUGCCAUCGCAACUCCCCUCCAGCCACUCUCCAUCCUGGAGCUUCGGACCAAGACGCUGAUCUUCCAGACAAAGCACAAGCUGGACUUCACUCCCAUGGCCUGUGAUUCCUGGGGGAAGGUUGUCCUGGGGUAUACAGAAACGGAGCUGUGCAGGAGGGGGUCCGGGUACCAAUUCGUGCAUGCAGCCGACAUGAUGUACUGCGCGGAGAACCACGUGAGAAUGAUGAAGACGGGGGAGAGCGGGCUGACUGUUUUCCGGCUGCUGACCAAGAAGGGCGGCUGGGUGUGGUUGCAGGCCAAUGCCCGGCUGGUGUACAAAGGUGGCAAGCCUGACUGCAUCAUUGCCCGGCAGCGAGCCCUGUCGAAUGAAGAAGGGGAGGAACAUCUGCGGAAGAGAAACCUGCAGCUGCCUUUUAGCUUUGCCACAGGGGAAGCAGUCCUAUACGGGAAUGACCUUCCCGAGUUCCUGGACUCCUUCCAGGCUAAGGAGGAGUUGCAGACACAGGCAGACUCCCACACGGGGCAGCGCUUGGUAGACCCUAACUCUCUUCUUGGGGCCAUGAUGAAGCAGGAUGCGUCCAUAUACAUCUCCCACGCUGAUAACGUGCCUCAGUUCUUGCCAGAUCCCAUUGCUGAGCCCAAUGGGCUGAGCCAGAAUGAGGAAGUCAGUGAUGCCAAGGAGGACAGCGACUCCCUCCUGGUUGUUAUCAAAACCCUCUUUGAGAAGAGUGAGGUGGACGGAAAUAUCUGCCAGACCCUCCAGAGCCUCAGUGUGGACAAUGCAGAGCUGCAGCAGUGGGAGGAGGCUCUGCUCAGCUUGGGUGAAGAGGAGGAGCCACCAGCUCAGGAGGUUGGUGAGAGGCUAGGCACCCAGGUGACAUCCUAUGUGGAGCAGAUGCUCCUUAGGGAGGAUGCUGGGAAGAGCAUGGACUUCCCACACUGCAGUGUGUCACCCUGCAAUGAGGAAAACAGUGCUGCAGCUCAUUUCCAGCACUUCUGGGCAACUAAUUCAGCGUUUCAAGCCCCACCACAGCCCCAGGCACCUGGUGCACGAGGCCAAGAUGCUGUGGUCUCUCUAGUCUCUGUUACGUCUGAGGUCAUCUCUGCUCAACCAGAACAGCAGGUCCCAUUUAACCCAUCCGAGCUGGUGGGAGGGACUGUUCUGGAUGUCCUGGUCUCUAACAGCAAGUCCUCUGUAGCACUUCAGCUGGCAAACCCAGGACAAGUGCUUCAAGCUGAAGUUACCACCUCUGCUCCUGUAGAUAACACUAUUCCUGAUGAUCAGAGCCAGCCUGGGUGUGAGCUGGUGGGCUCAAGCUGCCUGCCUCCAUUGCACUCAAAUGCCCUGGUGUCUCGGUGGCACAAUGUCCCAGUCCAGACAAACCCAGCCAACGCUUUGGGACAGAGCACUUCUCCUAGAGGUUGCCCAUUAGAGACUUGGAUGGCCACAGCUCCGAAACAGCUGGAAGCAGCAGGAACACACCUGGAGUCAGGAACUCUGCUGGCUGGCAGCCCCAAGAGCCCCCUGGGGGCUGGGCUGUGGUUGCUGCCCUCCCAACCUGCUCCUUGCCCUGCACAGGGCUCGCAUAAGUUCUUGUUUUCCAGGGCUGGGGACCUCCAUGAUGAGGAUACUGCUCUCCCUGCAGGAGCAUCACCACCCUUAGGAGUCAGCCAGCUGCCAGGGGAUGGUGGCUUCCCCAAACAGCCCCCUAUACUCCCUGUGGAGCCCAGCUUUUCCUGGGAAGGGGAGCAGGACAAGUGGUUCAUGCAGCACCAGCCAUGGCUCCCGCAGGCUGGGACAGCUCCUCAGAGAUGUGGUGGGGCAGGUCUGGUGCAACACAGCAGACUCCUGCUUGGGUCUGGCAUGGGUCCCAGCACCCACCAGCUGGACCACGUGUUGCUGCCUGAGUGCCAGUACAGAAAUAACCUUUUUGGACAUGAGAGUGCCUUUCUCAGGGAUGUCUAAAAUAUCCCUUCCCCAGCAGCUGGGCACUUUGCCUUGCCCCAGUGAGAGCCACCCUGGA